AUGGAAACGGAGGAUUCUGCUGCUGCUGCAGCAGCAGCAGCAGCAGCAUCAGCAGCGCCAGCAGAGCCCGGACGACAGGGGCCCGUCGGGAGCCUCGCGCUGCAGCUGGCGAUCGGGGGCCCCCGCCAGCUGCGUCGCAGUGGUGCAGUGUAUCUGUGUACCCCUGGCCGGGUGUAUGUACAGUGGCAGCAGCGGUGGUUGCUUCUUGAUGGUUUUAUACUGAAGUGUUUCAGCAGCUGCAAUUCAUUGAAGCCAAAGACCACCAUUCCUCUCGAGUCUGCAGUUGUAGAAGGGUUGUUCUCUCCCGCGGACAACAUGAGCCGCAGCGGCGUGGAGUUGUACAGCUUUUGUAUUCGAUGGCAGCAGCAAGCGUUGCCGGGGGGAGAAGCAGACGGAGAGGAGAAGGAGUGGCUGCUGCUGCAUGUGGGGCUUGAAGACGGGGCUGAGGCUCAGCAGUGCAUAACCCCCCCCCCGCUGCAGCUGCCUGAGUUGCUGCUUCCUCUUCCUUUCCUUCCUCUUCCUUUGUUGCGGCUACUAAACGCAACCCAGUUUCCAUCCCCACCACCAGCAGCAGCAGCAGCAGCAGCAGCAGCAGCAGCAGCAGCAGGGGAUGCAGCAGCAGCAGGAGAUGAUGCCCCGGUAGCGCCAGGCUCUGUGCCGCUUCAGGAGGUGGUUGCGCGUUUGCUGAUGUGCCCUGGGUGUCUGUACACCCCGAUUGGUAGUGCUGUAUGCAGCGAGGAGCAGCAGCAGCAGCAGCAGCUGCUGCAGCAGCUGCUGCUGCCUCUUUCUAUAGGCAAAUGGAGGGUAGUAGAGCCCAUAGAUACAGCAGUAUGUGAGGGAGACAUAACAGAGAUCCGGCUGCCUCCUCCGCUGCUGCGGUGGUUUGCUGCUGCUGCUGCUGCUGCAGCUGCUGCAGCAGCAGGUGACGCAACAGCAGCAACAGAAGCAAAAGCAGCAACUGCUGCUGCUGCUGCUGCGGAACAAGUUGAUGCUGCUCAGCAGCAGCAGCAGCAACAGCAGCAGCAGCAGCAGCAGCAACAGCAACACAGACAAACUGCAGCAGCAGCAGUUGCUGCUGCUGCUGCUGCAGUUUGUACACUGUACACACAGCUACAGCAGCAACAAACCACCAUAGUUACGCUCACAGACAGCAGCAGCAGCAGCAACAGCAGCAACAACAGUAGCAGUAGCACCACCAGUAGCAGCAGCAAAAGGAACAGCAACAGCAGCAGCAGCAACAGCAGCAGCAGCAGCAGCAGCAGCAAUGUGGUGAGUGUUAUAUCCUCAGAUGCUGACGGUACUCUCUAUAUCAUCGGCAGCAGCAAAGACAUCUGUAAUGCUGCUGCAGCUCCCCCUUGCUUUGCUGCUGCUGCUGCUGCUGCUGCUGCUGCUGCUGCUGCAAUGAAUGCUGAGGCUAAGCGGGGUAGGAUUCCUCUCCCGGCGCCUCUGGCAGCAGCAGCAGCAGCAGCAGCAGCAACAGCAGCAGCAGCAGCAGAUGCUGCAGCAGCAGCAGCACGAGGAUUUGCUUCUUUUCUCUUCGGCCUCACACAGCCCCGCUCUGUCUCAGUUGCCUCAGUUGGCUGGCAGGUGUCUCGGGACAGUGCAGAUCCUGCAGGGCGAUGCAUUGUCACCUGCGUCAUCACCCUCUCCGCCAACCAGCAGCAGCAGCAGCAGCAGCAACAGAAGCAGCAGCAGCAGCAUGCAGCAGCAGCAGGUGCUGCAGAGCGAUUUGCGGCAUCUGCUGUUGCAGCUGUGCUCACAGCUGGUAUUCAACAUGAGCCGCCGCCGCCGCCGCAGCAGCAGCAGCAGCAGCAGCAGCAACAGCAACAGCAGCAGCUGCUGUUGCCUCUGCUGCUGCUGGCAGCACAUGCAGCAUCGCGCAGCACAGCUGCUGCUGCUGCUGUUGCUGUUGCCUUUUUGCUGCACAUUUUAUACCUGCAGCAGAUCAUCACCCCCCCCAAGUCGAUGGCAGCAGCACACACUCUACCUGCUGCAGCAGCCUUCGGCAGUCGCGAAGGAGAAGCAGGUUCAGCAGGAGAGGCAGCAGGAGCAGCAACAGCAGCAGCAGCAGCAGCAUCUCGUGCUGCAGCAGCAGCAGCAUCUGUAGCAGCAGCAUCUGGUGCGAGUGGAGUUGCUGUAUCGGAUGCAGCAGCAUCAGCAGCAGCAGCAGCAGCAGCAGCAGCAGCAGAUGAAGGUCAGGGGUGGGCCUACAGCAGCAACCUGAGAGAGGUGGUUAUUGAUUGGGGUUAUAUAUACUCAAGCGACAAUCUGUCUCGUCCAUGUAUUGUCCUUCGUCUAUCGAAUCUUGCUGCUGCUGCUGCUGCUGCUGCAGCAGCAGCAGCAGCAGCAGGAGCAGCAGGAGCAGCAGCAGCAGCAGGUGGAGACUAUCGCCAGUGUUUAUUAUAUUUAAUUGAGUCUGCACUGGGGGAGCAACAGCACCAGCACCAGCAGCACCAGCAGCACCAGCAGCACCAGCAGCAGCAGCAGCAGCAGCAGCAGCAGCAGCAGCAGCAGCAGCAGCAGCAGCAGCAGCAGCACAGCAGCAACGAGCUGUGUCUGAUCAUCGAUGCAGCAAACACAAAAUUUAAUUCUCUACCGAUACAGUCUCUCCUUCAUCUUGCUGCUGUUUUCUCUCUUUCUUACUCUCACCAUUUAGGUAAAAACAAUAUACACACAAACAGAGAGAGAGACAGAGAGACAGAGAGACAGAGAGAGAGACAGAGAGACAGAGAGAGAGACAGAGAGAGACAGAGAGACAGAGAGACAGAGAGAGACAGAGAGAGAGAAGGAGAGACAGAGAGAGAGAAGGAGAGAGAGAAAAGAGACAGAGAGAGACAGAGAGACAGACAGAGGGACAGAGAGAGACAGAGAGACAGAGAGAGACAGAGAGACAGAGAGACAGAGAGAGACAGAGAGAGAGAAGGAGAGAGAGAAAAGAGAGAGAGGAGAGAGACAGAGACAGAGAGAGAGAAGGAGAGAGAGAAAAGAGAGAGAGGAGAGAGACAGAGAGAGAGAGAGAGAGAGGGCGAUGGCUAG